UCACGUUGAUGCGCACGGAUGGAUGUGAGAUCUUCGUUUUCUCGGUGACAACGUCUCACGUCACAGCUGAUCUGAUCUGACAAGAUGGCGACCGAUAUUGCCGAAUAUGUAGGAAAGAAAACAUUAGGUCGGAUCGUAUAAGUGCUAAAAGGUAGAAAAGGACGUUUAGUCAGUGAGGGCGGUUUAUAAAGAAAUAAAUAAAUAAACAAACAAACAAAUAAAUAAAUAAUGUGGACGGAAGAGGCGUCGGACAGCGAGGUUGCUGUGACCGGUGAGCGCUGGGCUCCGGUGGGCGCCGUCACUGAUCCCGAGGAGGAACCCGAAGGUCACGGAGCUCCGUGCGGAAACGCGGCCGCUCGCCUGCGGCGUCUGGAGGAAGAGCACCAACAGCUGCACUCGUCCCUGCUGGCGCUCACGUCGCACUUCGCCCAGGUGCAGUUCCGCCUCAAGCAGAUCGUCCACAGCCAAAGCGAGGAGCAGGACAAGCAGAAGAUGCUGAAGGAGCUGGAGGACUUCGCCUUCAGAGGAUGUCCUCAUGUCCUGGGCUGCAGAGCACAGCAUCCUCUCGAGAACUCAGAGGGUCUGAGCGAGAGAGAAAAGAGGGAGCGCCUGGAGGCUCAGAGGGAAAAGCAGAAGGAGCUGAUCAUCCAGCUGAAGACGCAGUUGGAUGAUUUGGAGCGUUUCGCCUAUCAGGAGGGCAGCUAUGACUCACUCCCCCAGUCUGUUGUCAUGGAGAGGCAGAAGGUGAUCAUCGACGAGCUGAUUACGAAACUGGACGUGAACCUGAACGAGGACAUCGGGAACCUGACGCCCGAGGAACUGAGACAGCGCGUGGACGUCGCUAUCGCACAGAUCGUCAACCCCGUGCGCGUCAAAGAGCAGCUGCUGGAACAGCUCAAAACCCAGAUCAGAGAUUUGGAGAUGUUUAUUAACUUCAUACAAGAUGAAGUAGGGAACCCGCUCCUGUCAGAUAGAGCCAGCAGCCAGCAGAGCCGAUCCUCCGGACCCACACCUCGAGGACAGGGAGGCACGAAGCAAGUGGACCCUGAACGUGCCGAGCAGCUACGUGCCAGCGGGCUGCGUCUGGUCCAGCGUGCUUUAGCGGUUCUGCAGAUCUUCGCUCUGAGCCAGAUGGGUUGUUCUGCAGGCACCAUGGUGCCAAAGGCGUGGCCUCCAGCUGACGGAGCUCCUGAUUAUGGGCCCCUGUUGAACAAACUCGAGGGAGCCGUAGAGCGGGUACGUCUCCUUGCCUCUCGCCUCCAACCUGCAGGUCAGGAUGAACCCGUGGUGAGCUACACUUCCUCGUCGACACCCCCAUCUGCCCCUUCAGGACCUCGGCAUGAGCUCAUAGUCAUUGUGAGGAAAGAUCUGUCCUUGGCGCUGCGUGACCUUCUCGCUCACGGCCUUUACGCGCCCUCUGAAGGCAUGAGCGUGGUCCUGGCCCCUAUUUCCUGUCUCCUGCCGUUCUCCAGAUCCUCACAGCAGGAUUCCCUGCACCCCUGGGAGCUCUUCGUUAAGUAUUAUCACGCAAAAAACGGUCCUGCUUUCGCCGAAUCGCCCGCUCGCCAGCUGUCGCAGUCCUUCAGCCUGCCUGUAGGAGGAACCUCGGCAGUCGUGACUCCGAAAAACUCGCUCCUGUGGGCCGUGCACAGCGUACUGAGGGAGCACGGGCGCUAUAAACGCAGCGCAGACUCAGAGUUCAAGGCGCUGGUGUGUAUGGCAUUGAAUGAGCAGAGGCUGGUGUCCUGGGUCAAUCUGCUGUGUAAGGCAGGGACUCUGAUCCACGCUCACUACCAGCCCUGGAGCUACAUGGCACAGACCGGCUUCGAAGGGGCGCUAAGGAUUCUAGGGCGACUCAGCCACCUGAAAUUUGACCUGCCCGUCGAUCUGGCCGUACGUCAGCUCAAAAACAUCCAGGACGCGUUCUGAGUCUGUCAACGUCCGCUUAUGUCAUAGAGGAAGAGAACAGAGCUGAGCCCAAAUGUCUGAUCUCAAAACCAAGAUCCUAGAUUUACUUUUAAAGGUGCAGUUUGUUAAGUCUAAAAGGCCUGGAAACAAUCACUUUAUUUUUUAAAGACACCUUUGAAAUGUAACACUCUAGUAAAAAAGCGCAUUUAUCUCACUAAGACUUUUUCCUUAAACGGUGACCCAUUGGUCAUAUUGCAGAUUCGUUGGAGGGGGUUGAGGGGGCGGAGUCUGUUUGGCAUAAAAUCACAAACUGCUCCUUUAAAACUUUUUAUCCAAAUAAGAAAUUAGAAGUAAUUAUCCUGAUAUAACCUCCGAACUGUAAUGAGCUGUGUACAUGUCACAGAGCGGUUUCAGGGUGUGACAGGAGUGCCUUUAAUAUUGUACAUUUACUGUAUACUUCAGUUUGUGUGCAAUAAAGAGCUUAAUUAAUUUAUUAUUUUUUACAUUCCCGAGUCAGAGUCGAGACAUGUACGUAAAGGUUCUGGAAACUUUUCUGGCUGUAGUUUGUGCUGCUGUUGUUUAUUGUGUGGGUAUCGAAUGGCCUGCAUGCUAAUAGGGUCUUACAGGCUGUGGGUUACACAGUAUACAGUAUACAGAUAUUACAUUUUUACAUAAUUCUGGGUUUAUACAAGCAAGUGAUGAGUCGUGUGUGUCACCUGUAGUUUAUCUCUUGUGGGCGUGUACCAACAGAUAGUCCUUCAGAUUGUGGGCGUGUACCAACAGAUAGUCCUUCAGAUUGUGGGUGUGUACCAACAGAUAGUCCUUCAGAUUGUGGGUGUGUACCAACAGAUACUCCUUCAGAUUGUUGGUGUGUACCAACAGAUAGUCCUUCAGAUUGUGGGCGUGUACCAACAGAUAGUCCUUCAGAUUGUGGGCGUGUACCAACAGAUAGUCCUUCAGAUUGUGGGCGUGUACCAACAGAUAGUCCUUCAGAUUGUGGGCGUGUACCAACAGAUAGUCCUUCAGAUUGUGGGCGUGUACCAACAGAUAGUCCUUCAGAUUGUGGGCGUGUACCAACAGAUAGUCCUUCAGAUUGUGGGCGUGUACCAACAGAUAGUCCUUCAGAUUGUGGGUGUGUACCAACAGAUAGUCCUUCAGAUUGUGGGCGUGUACCAACAGAUAGUCCUUCAGAUUGUGGGCGUGUACCGACAGAUACUCCUUCAGAUUGUGGGCGUGUACCGACAGAUACUCCUUCAGAUUGUGGGCGUGUACCGACAGAUACUCCUUCAGAUUGUGGGCGUGUACCAACAGAUAGUCCUUCAGAUUGUGGGCGUGUACCAACAGAUAGUCCUUCAGAUUGUGGGCGUGUACCGACAGAUACUCCUUCAGAUUGUGGGCGUGUACCGACAGAUAGUCCUUCAGAUUGUUGGCAUGUACCGACAGAUACUCCUUCAGAUUGUGGGCGUGUACCAACAGAUAGUCCUUCAGAUUGUGGGCGUGUACCAACAGAUAGUCCUUCAGAUUGUGGGCGUGUACCAACAGAUAGUCCUUCAGAUUGUGGGCGUGUACCAACAGAUAGUCCUUCAGAUUGUGGGCGUGUACCAACAGAUAGUCCUUCAGAUUGUGGGCGUGUACCAACAGAUAGUCCUUCAGAUUGUGGGCGUGUACCAACAGAUAGUCCUUCAGAUUGUGGGCGUGUACUAGAGAUAUGUGUUUAUGAGAGUAGGAAAUAGACAAAAAAAAGAUGCUGGUGUUGAGAGGUCAUGACUAAUACAGGUCACUUCCUGAACUCAAAAGUAUUUAAACAUUCCACUGUAUGGAUUGUAUUUUGCUAGUGACGUGUACACUGUGUUCACGUCGGCACCGAGGUGUUCUUCACUUCGCUGUUGACACUUUUAUCUUUUGUUUAUUGCCAUGAUGUCAUUGGGUACGAUUUGGACAUGCAAAAGAUACAGCUAGUUAGCUAAUGGGGGAUGUAGCUAGUUAGCUAAUGAAGGAUGUAGCUAGUUAGCUAAAGAAGGAUGUAGCUAGUUAGCUAAAGAAGGCUGUAGCUAGUUAGCUAAUGAAGGAUGUAGCUAGUUAGCUAAUGGGGGAUGUAGCUAGUUAGCUAAUGAAGGAUGUAGCUAGUUAGCUAAUGGGGGAUGUAGCUAGUUAGCUUAUGAAGGAUGUAGCUAGUUAGCUAAAGAAGGAUGUAGCUAGUUAGCUAAAGAAGGAUGUAGCUAGUUAGCUAAUGGAGGAUGUAGCUAGUUAGCUAAUGAAGGAUGUAGCUAGUUAGCUAAUGAAGGAUGACGCUAGUUAGCUACACAAAACCACACACUAACAAUGGAUAUUGUUCCUGAAACAAACGAGUUCUUGCUACUGUAUAAAUCGAUAUGACUUCAAACUACAAAAUAAAAGUUUUACGUCACAAAAUCAACCAAAUAAAUAUGAUCUCUUGAAUGUAAAACCCUCUACUGUGCCCUUCUAAAGCUUUUAGUUUUUUUCCCCCCUCAAUCAUGAGAAGAGUUAAAAGUAUAUUUUUAUGAGUCCGUUUGAUAACGAACACCGACGGCGUGAUGUUUGGUGGAACUUUUACCCCUUUCAGAUGAUGUGUUCGUCUCAGAUCUGCACCUUUUGGCUCAUUUUGUUGUUGUUUUUUCCCCUCUAAAUCUUAUA